GGUCGAAAUGAGCUCGGUGGCAUCUUCUGUUGGUACUUGCAGUCCCAGAAAGCUCAGUACUCUACCACGGAAGGAUUUCAAUACACCUGAAACGUCAAGAAUCAAAAUCUUAAACCCUGCCCAGAAAAGCUCACCUUCUUCUGAACAGGUUCUGCAGCUAAAUAAUGAGAAGCCAAGUUUAUUAAGGAGAAGAGAAGCAAUUGGUUUUGGCUUUUGCUUUGGCCUUGUUGAUGUGCUCAUGCCAGCUCAACCCACUGAAGCAGCUGAAGUUGCUCCUUGUGAAUUUACUGUAGCUUCUUCUGGACUAGCUUAUUGUGACAAAGUAGUGGGAUAUGGAGCUGAGGCUGUUAAGGGACAAAUGAUUAAGGCACACUACACUGGGAAAUUGGAGAAUGGCAAGGUGUUCGAUAGUAGCUAUAAUCGUGGGAAGCCCCUUACAUUCCGCGUUGGUGCUGGUGAGGUAAUCAAAGGGUGGGACCAAGGUAUUCUUGGUGGCGAUGGAAUUCCUCCCAUGCUUGCUGGGGGGAAACGGACCUUGAAGAUCCCUGCAGAACUUGCAUACGGUGCACGGGGAGCUGGAUGUAGAGGAGGUUCGUGUAUCAUUCCUCCAUAUUCAGUUCUUUUGUUUGAUGUGGAAUUCAUUGGCAAAGCAUGAGAAGUGCCAAUGAGUCGGCCACACUAUCAGUGUCUCAGUCGAUCGAUCACCUAAAUUUUCCCUUCUUUUUGCCUCUACCUCUUGUGAAUGGUUUCUCAACGGUGAGACGGGAAGUGUUUCGGCUGUUCUUGGAUGCCAUCACUGAUGAGAAGAUGAUUAGUUACCUUUUCUGGUUGUUUGCACAGUCUAUAAACUAUUUCUGCCUUGGGACUCUUGUCUUGAUGUUAUUGAGCACCAAACUCAGCUUAUCCAUUAU